CUUCGAAGCAGGUUAUGGUUGCUACCGUGCUAGCAAUGAAACGUCGACAAAUUAAACGACUUUGAUUGUAGCGGAUUUGCCAUUUAUUAUGGGUCAUAGAACGCGUCGGCACCAACGAAGCUGAUAUCAAUGUAUGUACCUACAUAUAUACGAUACAUCGUUGACGGUGAUUGGAGGGUCAGACGGUAUAUAUGUAUAUAUAUUUGAGCGGCCAAUAAUUCGUAUCAGUCGGCAACGCAUACGUCAGCGAUGAACAUCAACUUUGAAGGAAAACGUAUCCUCGUAACAGGGGCCGGUAAAGGUAUCGGGAGAGAUCUGGCGCUUCGUCUGGCCAAGUUCAAGGGCCAGGUGAUCGCCUUAUCCAAGACCCAGGGAAACCUGGACGAGCUGCGCACCCAGGAUCCCAGCAUCCAAACCAUUUGCGUGAACCUCCUCGAUUGGGAAGCGUCCAGGAGAGCGAUUCAAAAGGUUCUACCCAUCGAUCUGCUGGUAAACAAUGCCGCUGUCGCUGUCCUUCAAUCGUUCAUGGAGGUCACGGAGCAAGACUUCGACUUGAGCUUCGGCGCGAACGUGAAGUCGAUCGUGAACGUUACUCAGGUGGUCGCUGCCGAUAUGAUCAGGAGGAAGGUCGCCGGCAGUAUCGUGAACAUGUCUUCGCAGGCUAGCCAAGCCGCGUUGGCGAAUCACUCCAUCUAUUGCGCCACUAAGGGAGCGGUGGAUAUGCUGACCAAGACGAUGGCGCUCGAGUUUGGCCCGCACGAUAUUCGCGUGAACUCCGUGAACCCUACGGUGGUCAUGACCGACAUGGGGAAACUCGGCUGGAGCGAUCCAGAAAAGGCGCGGACCAUGUUGGACAAGAUACCGUUGGGUCGAUUUGCUGAAGUGGACGAGGUCGUGGACGCGAUCGUCUUCCUCUUGAGCGACCGAAGCUCCAUGAUCAACGGUAUCGCGUUACCGGUCGACGGUGGAUUUUUGGCGACGUAGACAUCACAUCCGUCGCUGCACGACGAAUCUCCUUUACAAUAUACCGACCGAAUCUCGCCUUAAAUAUCAUUAUACGAAUCAACGAACGAAGGCUGAACAGCGUAUAAUAUCUAUGGAUCAACGAAUUAUGCAUAAAUAUUUGUACAACAUUUUUCCAACAUUUUUACCGGAGUUCUCAACUUACUGCAAAGUGGCACCGAACGCGUGCGAACACUCUAAUUUGUUUCUAGUCGAAUUUGCGUUUCGUUGGUGGAAGAAGGAAAACGGACGUUCGGAGAGUGACGGGUUGAUAAAAGACACAGUCGUUCGUUUAUCCCGUUUAAUUUAAAAAAUGCUUCGUUUCUUCUUGUUUUUUUUUGUUUCUUUUAUUAUUCAACUAGAACUCGGCGCGCGGACGGCGGAGAACGCCGCGGAACGCUCGGUGUGUCCUUUCGAAGAAGAAACUUGUGUUUUCCGAAAAUAUUUUGCCGCGACCCCGGCUUCCACGGCUUCCCCGGCCGUCGCCGUUGCCGAUCUAAAACAAAUGUUCGUCUUUUUCUUUUUUCGGCUCCUAAAUCGGUAUUAUUUUACCCCCUAUAUACGAUGAACGUAAAAAGUGGCGGAGAAAAACAUGAAAUCAGACCGCUUUCGCAGAA